UUAUUUCAGACUCAUUAGUUCGAUAGGUUGCGAGUAGCAAAUAUUGUGUUUGAUUUGAACGGUCUUCAGGCAGUUAUUCGCAUUUAAUCGUUAUCGGAUAUUCGUUUCAAAUCAUUUUCUGUUAAUAAAUUCGGUUUUUGGUCCAUCGCAUUAUCAAUUCGAAUUUAUUUAUAAUUUUGAAAUCCCAUACAUGAAGUGAAAGUGAUAGCAAUGAGAAUAUUAAUUUCGGUUGCGUUAUGGACAUGUGUGUUUCUGUUGCGUCAAAAUGUUGCAAAUGCGGUCGAAUGUAAGGCAAUCUCGAUACAAUUUGAUCCGAGCGGUUUGCUGCAGCUGACUAAUUGCACAUCGAUUAUCGGUUCAUUGACUAUCCAUUCUAUAGAUGACUUCCGUAAUAACACAGACAUCAACAAGUAUCAAUUCCCCAAAUUAAAAGAAAUCACUGGAUAUUUAUUGAUCUUUAACGUAAAGGGGCUGACAUCUCCUGGUCAAUUAUUUCCCAAUUUAAUGGUAAUACGAGGAAAAGAAUUAGCUAUGUCGUUCUCGUUGGUCCUUUUCGGUAAUCCCGACAUGGCAAAGGUUGACCUCAAGUCACUUAUAUCAAUUCAACGAGGAUACGUUUUGAUCAAGCAAUGUCCAGGGCUUUGCUAUCACAAUACGGUCGAUUGGGAAGCACUAACUGAUGAAGACGAAGACGAUCUGCCAGCUGGCAAAGGGAAUGUGAUUCAAGCAACUCCAAAGCAAUGUCCAAGCAAUGAGUCAUGUCGUGCCUGUGAGAACGACAAAUGCUGGACCUCAAUCAACUGCCAGAGAAGCAAAAAAUAUUUUAAAAAUAUGACAAAACGCAUGAAAGGUAUAACGUGUCACAAGUCUUGUCUGGGUGGAUGUGUGAAUGCUACAGCAUCCGGUUGCGACGUAUGCACAAAACUCACUUUGAACGGCACAUGUGUCGAUGAAUGUCCCAGUGAUUUAAUCAUUUUUCGUGAUACCAUGCGUUGUAUAACUAAAAUCGAGUGUAUGAAAGAACACAGACUGAUUCCGUUUAACGGCGAAUGCCGUUCAAAGUGUCCCGUUUCAUAUUCAAAUUAUCACCCGGAUACGAAAGCGUUCCAUCCAUUCGAAUGCUUUGCCUGUGAGAUUAAAUGCAUAUCAAGAUGCCCGGGGUCAAGGGUACUCGGUCCGUCGGAUCUGGAACAGUUUCGUGAAUGCACCGUUGUGGAUGGCUCAUUGUACAUCAAUCUUGGAUCUAAUAUGACAGAUAUCUAUCAGAUACUAGAACAAACUCUCGGAAAUAUCGAAACAAUCAACGGUGUGCUGACGAUUUUUCGAUCGUUCAGCCUAACAUCUUUAGCAUUUUUUCGCAAUUUGAAUAAGAUAAAAGUGCAGAACAUAACGUCAACGGUUAAAGGCAACGAUGAACUAUCGGACGAAUAUCAGCGGUUAUAUGGCCUCGAAAUUUAUGAAAAUGACAAUUUGCAAACGCUGUUCAAUUGGAAGGAGACACAACAACUCGAAAUCAUCGGAGGUGGAAUGUUCAUUCAUUACAAUAGCAAGCUGUGUAUGAAUGAAGUUCAUAAUCUACAAAACAUUACCGUUUACGACCGAACGCAUGAGUCAUUUGGAUACAGUACAAACGGCUAUGAUGAGUCAUGUCAAGCUACCAGAAUAUACGCUUUCCAUAUCGUCAAUUCGUAUAGUGAUGUUCAGAUUUAUUGGAACAUCAGCGAUUUUGGAUCGAAUAGACGGCUUAUUGGGUACUUUGUGUACUACAUCGAGGCACCGUCACAAAAUAUAACUUAUUUCUCCGGAUUGGACGCAUGCUCAACAAAAAAGACCAGAUCAACAUUCAAGGAGUCGGAUUUGCCAAUGAUAAGCAAAGCGAAACACGGCGACGUCUGGCAGAGUGUAUUUGUUCCGUUCGGAGAUCUGAAGAGGGUGAAAGGCUAUUAUCAAAUGAAUGUGACCAAUCUGAAGCAAUACACCCAAUACGCCUACUACGUCCGAACGCAAUUGUCACUGCAACUUAAGGAUCAGCUGAUAAAUGUUACCCAGGGACAAAGUCCAGUGAAAUAUUUUAAGACACUUCCCGAUCGGCCUCGGCCACCAAUUGUUCGAACCAAACAGAAGACAAACGAAAGCAUAACAUUGGAAUGGAUACCGUCAACGCCAGAAACUGAAUUGGUGGAAAGGUAUUUCAUCGAUGUGUACGCGAUCAUUGACGAUGUGAAUGAGCUUAAUAAGCGCGAUUAUUGUCAGAACCCUAAAGUAAAAGUCGAACAAAAUGAGAUUGAGACUCAGGCACCGAAAGUAAUCUGUUGUAGAGAUCAGCGAGCUUAUUUGGACUUUUUUAAACGAAAUGCAAAUCAGACCUGCGGAGAAUCGGAUUCGAGUUGCGAGAAAACAUUCAAAUUCGUCGUAUUCCAUCAUCAUGUUGAAAGUGUUUUGAUGAAGGUUGACGCGGCAAAACACCCAUCGGAACGUCAUUCAAUAUAUCGUCACAAACAAGAGCCCUUUGAAGCACCGCCUCACCACAAACACGGAACUACCGAUCCAAUAAUACGGAAAAAUGAAUCCGAUAGCACCAGAUAUUACUUGCACUCACACAUCAUUGACGACAAGUAUCUGGACGGUAUGGUUGUGCCAAAUUUGAAACCGUUCCAUCUCUAUGCAUUUCAUGUCUAUGCAUGCAACAUUAUAUCGAAUUGCAGUGACUACUAUUUUCAUUCGGAGCGCACGGAACCAUCACCUAGCACGAAUGAUGUUUCCAUAAAAGUCAAUGCAGAUGAUUCUGAUAUAGUAACAUUUACCGUUUCUCCACCAGCUGAACCGAAUUCAUAUGUCGUCGCUUAUCAGAUCCACAAGUUUUUUGAGGAUAGCAACAGAACCGAAACCAUGUGUUUCACCAGAAAAGCCAUGGAAAGCACGAAUUACACGUUUCGUAUCGAAAACUUAGCGAUUGGAGCGCAUUUCUUCCGAAUCCGUAGCAUAUCGAUCGGAUCAAAUGGAUUGUUUAGCACUCCUGCUGUAAUAAUAGUGGAACCUCCCGACUAUUCAUUAUACAUUUGGGGCGUUGUGCUGGCAAUCAGUGCCAUUGUCCUCAUCCUUUUUGUUUGUUGUCUGUACAGCCCGAUCCAGAAGCGGCUUAGUCGACAAGCUGAAGACAAAGACCUAUUGCUUCCCAAGGACGAUAGUUCUGAUGCAGAUGAACCAGAACAACCACCAUCGUUUCACGAUAAUGAAGGAGUUCGCAUUCUGCCAGGAUUACAUGAUGUAGUAGCCUUUAAAAAUAUGAAAGCGGGUGUCACGUUUGAUGACUCUUUAAAAUUUAAUUUUGAUUCAUCGUCAAACGAGAGCCAAUCAACUAUGCAAGAAAUGCUUAAACCCACUACUCCUCCGACGGCAAAUUCAUUGUUAUCUCAAAACCAGGGAACCGAGAGCGACAGUGACUAUGGCGAAGAGGACUAUGCGCUAUUCAAUUAAUGUAGCCACCGCCAACGUAGUAAUUUGUUCGAUUCGUGAAUAUUUUGUAAAAAAAAAGGAAGACCGAGAACGUAUACGGAUAAGAGAAGGAGGCUUUAAAGUGUUGAAAAUUUCGUUGUGUAUACCAUUAGUUAUGUAAUAAUUGUCUCUUAUUUGUCAUCGAUAAUGUCGUAAAUAAAUUAUUUUAAUUUUUAUCAAACAGCAAGCGUAACCAUUAGCCUA